GAAACCCUGGAAGUCUGUGUUUCUGGUCCCUUCUCCUCUCACAUGCUCACUAGAGGACAAGGGCGGCCCAUAAGCAGCUGCAGCACACCAGCCUCACAGAGCUUGGAGUGUUCUUUUGUUUCGUGGAGUACCUGAAAGUGUCCCUUCUCCAAAACCACCAUGAAAGCUACCAUAUUCUUCAUUCUCUUGACCAUUUUGGCUCGUUCAAAAGGCCAGUACCACUAUCAAGGCCUGAUGAACUAUUUGGAAAACAGGAUGCUUGCUAUGGAGGAACGCAUUGCCUUGUGGCAUGAACAGAACAAUCGUUACAGCGCUGACCUGAAGGAAUUCAGGCAGCAGGCCGCAGACCUGUUGGAGAAGUUAGGCAAGGAGCACAGCAAACUGCAUUCAGACAUGGAGGGCGCAGGAGCACGGGUAGACCGUGUGGAGCGUGAAAUGGACUAUAUUGAAACCCAAAAUCCCCCUAAGCCUUGUGUGAAAGCAGCAGACAAAAUGGUGGAACAGGACGUGGUUGUCAGAGAGAGGAAGAAGGAAGAGUUCUUUGAGUUGUCUGUGUGCGUGAACAUCAUAUCCAGUCUGAAAGCUAUGAAGAUCCUUAAGAGAUUGGGAAGCCCGAAAGGUGUCUGGACCAAAGAUGCCAGAUCAGCGAAAGUCUAUGUUUUUAACGGAACGUCCGACAACACGCUGUACGAGUUCAACUCCGUGCGAGAUCUUUCAGCAUCAUCAGGCGUGUCUAAAGGCAGACUGAUCACUGUGCCCGCCGCUUGGAACGGGACCGGUCAUGCAGUCUACGACGGCUUUCUCUAUUACGUCAGUGAAAGUUCAGAGCUCCAAGUUAUCAAGUAUGACCUCAAGAAUGGUUCUGUUGCAGACAGCGCAGUUUUUCCCAUGGAUGACCGCAGCCCGGUGUACCAGCUCAAUCCAGAGACACUGGUGGACCUGGUGGCAGAUGAGGAUGGGCUAUGGGCACUGUAUCCGGCUGGAGACACUAUUAAUCUUGCUAAAAUGGAUAUAGAUUCUCUGGAUAUAGAGCAGAUGUGGGACACGGCGUGUCCAAGGAAUAAUGCUGAAGCUGCUUUUAUUGUCUGCGGCACGGUCUAUGUGGUUUACAACACCAAGCCACCGAGCCGCUCACGUGUGCAGUGUGUGUUUGAUGUGAAUGACAUGGUAAGCAGCGGAGAGGCCCCUUUGAUUUAUUUCCCCAGGCGCUAUGGUGCCCAUUCCAGCCUCAAAUACAAUCCUGAGGAGCGGCAGCUCUAUGCUUGGGAUGAUGGGUACCAGAUUCUGUAUAAACUAUCGCUGAAGAAGAAGUUAUGGGCGAUCAUGCCACCACCUGAGGAAUAGUGGCCCUUUUUUUAGCUCUUAAAGGUCUGUCUGUUUCUGGGUUCGAAGAGUUUUAUGUGAUUUUGCUGGAAAACAUAAAUCUUGCCAUUAUUUACUCACCUUCCUAUUAUCAAGUCUUUAUGGGUUAAUUUCUUCUAAAGAAAACUGAAGAAAACUCAUAUUUCUUUCAUUCAGGUACAAUGGACGAGAAUUGAGGUGUUUGAGCUUCAAAAAGCACACAAAACCACCAUAAGUCAGAACUUUUAAAUGAAUUGGUUGAUCCAGUUCACAAUAAUUUGCUCACGACUGAACCUGGUCUCAAGUUCAGUUCUCUGAUACUGAAGGGGAAGAUUAUCUGUUCAUUUGAAUCAACUUUAAAUCUCAAACGAGAUGAAAACAAAAUAUUUUAAACCCUGUUAAAAUUUAAACCCUGCUUUUUUUCUGCAAUACUAAUUUAAGAUAACUUAAAUAUAGGCCUGUUUCUAAUAAAACAGAAGACUUGAAAUAUAAUCUCUUUUACAAUAUAAACACAUGCAACCACUUUUAUUAUAGUAGUUUUGUUUCCUUGCUGCCGUCCAGUCCAUUGUAAUUAAAUGGUCAACAGCAUUCAGAAAAAAAUAUUAAAUAAUAAUAAUAAAAAAAAGUCUUUGGUUUUGGAACAACUUGACAAAAAUGGCAUUUUUAGGUGAACUAAUCCUUUAUCUUUAAGAAUACACAGGUAUAUUGCUUUUGUUGCACAUAUUAUAAAAAAUAUGAGACUCAAUAAGUGAUUGGUCAAUGCUAACCCACUUUUUGUGAUUUGAUGUUCACAAGAUUGAGAAGAAGCAACUCCAUCCUUGAAAUGACUGAACCAACAUUUUAUUUUGGCAUUUUUGAAAUACAAGAACUUUUUCAAACAUUACAAGUUAUAUUGCAAGUACAAAUGAUCAAUACAAAAUUAGAAAGUUGUUCAGAUUCACAAGGGGGCAAAAACACCAGCACACAAGAGUUAGUGAUGAGGUAAAGAACCAGAUCUAAACCUUAUUAAUUUUACAUUCACCUACAGAAACACACUCUUGUUUUCGGAGUAUUACAACAUUGGUGAUAUUGUAAAAAUGGGACCAAAAGUUGUACUUUGUCACAACCAUUUCUUCAACAAGUUGACUUGGAAUUUUUAAAGAUUCUGUUAAAAUAUUAAAUCUAUUUUACUAUAUAGAAAUAUUUAAAGCUUAACAGAUACCGUAGGGGAUGAUGGGGGACAUUGUGUAAAACUAGCCCCAAAUGCCAUGUAUAUUUUAAGAUAUUUCAGCAACACCAGCUGGAGAUCAGUGUAAAGUCUUUGCUCUGGUAUCUUGAACCGUGCCCACCAUCUGUCAAUUGACUUCCUGCAUAGUAGGUUGUUUCUAUCAAGGGUCAGCUCUUGUGCAUUUGUACGCGCAUUGAAUUUCUGUGUUUGAAACAUAGAGUCAAAAUGUCCAGGAGCUUGAACAGAAGUUCUAUGCAUUUAUGUCAUUUGUUUCCAGCAUAUACAGUGUUGUAACUACUUCUUCUUUUUUAAAUGAAUGAAUUAAUUUAA